AUUGAAUUGAAAUUUCUCUUUACAAUAUGAUCAAUUUCCUGUAUAUAGUCAGUACCAGAGAGAAUCUGUGCAGCUCUUAUUACUUCCAGUAUGUAGAUAAAAGUGAUAGAGCUGCAUUAGAGUCUGAUGUGGUCAAAAAGUGUGUUUCUGCUAGAGACUCUAAGUGUUCAUUUCUCGAAUACAAGGAAUAUAAAAUUAUCCAUCGUCAGUAUAACACUCUUCUUUUCAUUGUUGGAACGGAUGAAGAGGAGAAUGAACUUGCUAUUUAUGAAUUCAUCCAGUUAUUCGUUGAAGCUUUGGAUAAAUAUUUCAAUACCGUGAAUGAACAACAUCUACACGAGCAUCAAGAUACAGUUCGUAUAAUUCUUCAAGGGAUGAUCGUGAAUGGCUAUUUAGUAGAAACUAAUUUUAAUAAAAUAUUCUCACUCUUGCAUAUGGUGGAGAGACACGGGAGCGCAAAAAAGUUCAUCGAGCAGACCUCUGCACAAGUCACAAAGUGUCUUUGUCUGUGAUUGAAGUUCAAACCAACUGUAUGAUCACUGAACAUAUUUUGCAAAUAGGCACAACUUGGCAAAGCUGAUGUCAAGACAAAGCCAGAAUUUUGAAAUUUGAUCUAUAGACUAAAAUAUUUGAGGUCAAAGUUUGCCAUGUAAAGUCUAUGAGUCGAUUGCCAGUAGUAAGUGCGUCAUGUGUUACAAUUCAAUCGAAUUUCUUAUUGCUGUCAAAUGAAUCAAUCUCUACAAUUUUUUAUUUUGGAUUUAGAUCAGUUUUAAACACAUUCUUUUGCAGUUUAGUUUUCUAUGCCAUAGAACCAUUUCAUUUUCCUAGAAAAUACAAAGCGAUAUUUUAAGCAUUCCCAAUAAUAGAUGCAGGUCGAUAAAGGGAAAAUUCAUGAUUACAACUAUAACCUGAAUAAUUUUAUUUGUUUUAUUAUAAAACUCUGCUACGUCAGUUACUUAAAAUAAUAAAAAAUUUGCAAUAUAUGACCGAUACACUUUUUUUGCACACAAAUAAAUGGGGCAUUUUUACACCAGUCGUGUUAACUGGCAAUAGUGCUUUCAGGUAAACAAUUUCAUGACAUUUCUAGUGUUAAACAUAGCCUGAAAAUGACACUGCAAUUUAACUUGUUAAAAAUAAUUUACUAAUAUGUAAUGACUUCAGAUAUUGUUACCAUUAAAUGGCUGAUAUGCUUUAAUGAUUACUGGUUAUAAAAAUGCUUAUUUAUGACGUUUCAUCAGCUUCAAUGUGCGCCUGAUAACAUUUAGAUUGCUAAUGAGUGCUUGUUAAGUGCUUUAAACAUUGAUAAUUUUAAUUGUUAUUUGCUCAUGAUGCAGUAAUUGCUGGUAUUUAUUCAAUGUACUAACUGUUAAAGAUUGUUGGGGACACAGUACCAGACAAAUUAUAUAAUCUAUAUAAAUAAAAAUGUAAAUGUUUGUUCAAAAUCUUAAAUCUCCAAAAGUUCUUAACUGAUUGCUUUGAAAUUUUGACACAACGUUGCAUUUGAA